AUGGCGACGUCGGAGACCAAUGGUUUUCCGUUCUCCGUAGUAUCUAUCGUCGAAGAUGUUCUUCAACAGCAUAGUACCCGAUCAAGCGACGUUGGGUUGGUUUCUCGGAAAGUCGAGGAAUCUUCUCUAAGAAGAUACGAAGCUGCGGGAUGGCUUAGAGAAAUGGUUGGAUUUUCMUGUGGUAGAGAUUUUCCAGGAGAACCUUCUGAAGAAGAUUUUAGGCUUGGAUUGCGAAGUGGGAUCGUCCUUUGUAAUGUUCUUAACAAAGUUAAUCCUGGGUCAGUGCCAAAGGUUGUUGAAGCGCCCGAUGAUGUUGCUGAUGGAGCUGCACUCUCUGCUUUCCAGUACUUUGAAAACAUUAGGAACUUUUUAGUCGCCAUAGAGGAAAUGGGUUUGCCAUCAUUUGAAGCUUCGGAUAUGGAGAAGGGAGGCAAGUCUGUAAGGAUAGUGAACUGCAUUCUUGCUCUUAAAUCUUACAGUGAGUGGAAACUGAAAGGUGGAUUGGGUCCCUGGAGGUAUGGAGUGAACAUGAAAAACAAUUUUGGAUUGAGGAAACCAUUUCUCAGAAAAAAUUCAGAGCCGUUCAUGAGUUCUGUAUCAAGAACCGAGUCUAGAGAUACCACAUUUGAUCAAUCUCUGUGUUCUGAUGUUGGGCAAGAUCUUAGUGAAAAAGGAGAUUCCAGAUCACUUAACGCGCUUGUUCGCUCAUUUAUUGCAGACAGAAAGAAUGAAGAUAUUCCAAGUGUUGUAGAGUCUGUGUUGAACAAAGUUAUGGAAGAAGUCCAGCAGCGCUUAUCAAUCCACAAUGAAAUGAUGAAAUCAAGUGCAAAGUCUAUUCCAGAAGAUGAUUCAUCCUGCGAGACAGUGGUGCGGUCUCAGCAGUGUGACGUAAGACAACAUGAGGAAGCAGAAGAAAAUAGUCCAUCACAGGUCAUAGAAGAAAAGUUCCAGAGGACAAAUUAUGAAGAACAGGAGAUUCUUCUGAAUCAACAAAAACACAUCCAGGAGUUGAAGAAAACCCUAAACACUACAAAAGCGGGAAUGCAAUUACUGCAGAUGAAGUAUCAAGAAGAUUUCUUUCACCUAGGCAAGCAUUUAAAUGGUUUAGCUUAUGCGGCUACGGGUUACAAAAGAGUUCUUGAAGAAAACCGCAAAUUGUACAAUCUAGUGCAGGACCUAAAAGGAAACAUACGGGUGUACUGUCGGGUUAGACCCUUCUUGCCGGGGCAACCAAUUUCUUCGAGUACCGUGGAACACAUAGAAGAAGGGACUAUCACAAUCAAAGUGCCAUCAAAGUAUGGCAAAGAAGGACGGAAACCAUUUAUGUUUAACAAAGUCUUUGGUCCUUCUGCAACACAAGAGGAAGUGUUUUCAGACAUGCAGCCUUUGGUACGUUCGGUUCUUGAUGGCUACAAUGUCUGCAUCUUUGCUUACGGUCAAACCGGGUCCGGGAAAACUUUUACAAUGUCAGGGCCUACGGAACUGACUGAAGAAAGUCUAGGUGUGAACUACAGGGCACUGGCAGAUCUGUUUCUUCUAUCAAACCAAAGAAAAGACACAACCAGCUAUGAAAUCUCGGUUCAGAUGCUUGAAAUUUACAACGAGCAACUGAUGGAUCUGGGACAAACGAACCGUGCAGUGAGCUCUACGGCCAUGAAUGACAGAAGUAGUCGAUCUCACAGCUGUGUUACUGUUCAUGUUCAAGGCAGAGACCUCACGUCUGGGAGUAUCCUCCAUGGCUCUAUGCAUCUGGUUGAUCUUGCAGGAAGCGAGAGAGUUGACAAGUCUGAGGUGACUGGAGACAGGCUGAAAGAGGCUCAGCACAUCAACAAGUCCCUCUCGGCUCUUGGGGAUGUUAUCUCUUCGCUUUCCCAGAAGACUUCUCAUGUGCCUUACAGAAACAGUAAACUAACCCAGCUGCUGCAGGACUCCCUCGGAGGAUCAGCCAAGACGCUUAUGUUCGUCCACAUUAGUCCGGAAGCUGAAACUCUUGGAGAAACUAUAAGCACUCUGAAGUUUGCUGAGCGAGUGGGAAGUGUUGAGCUAGGCGCUGCUCGUGUGAGCAAAGAUAAUUCAGAGGUCAAGGAGCUUAAAGAACAGAUUGCUAAUCUUAAAAUGGCUCUAGUGAGGAAAGGAAAUGGUAAUGACGUACAACCAACCCCUCCACCAAUCAACCGUGAGAGAAUAUCAAGAAGAAGAUCACUUGAAACUCCUACUAUUCGACCCAAAUUUCCUACCAUGGGAAAUGGACCAAGCAACCUUAGGCCCCAGAUUAUGGAUCUGAGUGGACCAGGGGCUUAUAGCGAUACUGCAUUUUCAAGAAGACACAGCUUAGAUAUCCAUGAGCUAAUGAAAUCCUCUUCUCCAUCUUGGCCGAGGCAAUCGCUGAAUGCAAAGGACGAGGAUAGAGAAUCUAAGUCAGGGGAGUGGAUCGAUAAGCACGAAGAAUCAAUUCUAGACGAGAAUACAAUUUUACCAGAGAAAUUCUACCAGUCAAUGACUCCACAACAGCAAUCACUACUGAAUGGUGGGAAACAAGAUUUCGAAGUGCAGAGUAUUACAGAUAACGAAUCUGAUGAAGGAGCACCGAGCGAUUGUUCAGAUCCUGAUUUGAUGUGGCGAUUGAACGUUCAAGUGAAUGUGCCCAAAGUUUCUAAUAUCCAAAACUCAGUAAACCCCAAACAAAAGAAAAUUGAACCCAGAACUGCUAAACUCGCAGAAACCAGAAGUUUAAUUCCGUCGCUGAUCCCAGCACCAAGCAAGAGACCUCCUAACACCGUGAGUUCACAGCCGCAGAGACCAACCAGAGAUGGAAAACGCAGACUGAGUCUAGGCAAGUGA